CGCCGCAGCACCGCGCCCACCCCGGCGCCCCGCAGCAGAGCUGGGGCACGCCAGGCUGCAGACCAGACGAACUAUUCCGACUCAUCGGCUCCUCUCAAUAAUGCUGAGACUAUAUACAAUUCCAAUGAUCAAUCACCUGAGUUUCACAAGAGCUAUCAGUUCCAGGGUGACCAAGGGGCUGAUUCUCCUGCUACGUGCACAAAUGACGAGCCCAAUCAGCCGAGCCCAACAUCUGUCCUCGAAGCAUGCUUCUCACACGGUGCUUCCUCCUUAGGAAGUCCAACUGAAAAGAUCGAGAGUACUGAAUUCUUUAUUUCAAUGGAGAACAAAAUGGAAGAUCUCUUCAAUCUAGAGUCUGAAAUCGUAGAUAUGUCCAUGUCCAUCGACACAAUGAAGACUGAUGAUCACGGCAGCAAUGCAGAAAUACCAUGUGUUCAGAGUUCUCCAGAGCAUGAUUUUGAGUUCCUAGAAGGCAGGCUCCACAGCAUCAGAGAAGCCAUUGCAAAUGCUGAGCUACUUCUGGACAACAGCCUCUUCUGUGGCACACCAUCAAGUCUAUCACUCCAUUCAUUCAUCGUUGAGAUGCUGGAGACCGUUGAGGCCGUCUUUGGCGAUGGAUCAGAGAGCAGCUUCGGCUUCCAGGAAGAAAACAACUUUCAACGCACCAACUUCCUGUUUGACUGCAUCGUCAAGUCGCUGGACUCGAAGUUCCGCGACUUCAGAAAAUGCGGGUACAAGGCUUUGUUGCGAAUGCCUCUCACCAUGAGCAAAGACCUGCUGAAGAGGGAGAUAUCCAAAGAGAUCGGCAGCUGGAGCGAUGUUUCAUCGGACCGUGCUGCGGAGAAGGAGCUGGACCAGGUGGUGGCAGAGAGGUGUGACGGGUGCCGGACCGAGGCGUUCGACAUCAGCAUCGCCAUCGAGGACGACAUACUCGAGGCCCUCGUCGGUGAGUUCGCCUUCGACCAAUGCUGCUGAAAGUGUGGAAGUUUACUGGUUAACAUGGCAUUGGUCAGGCAUGAGUAACACUUUGCAGAUAUGUACUCUAUUUCUCCUCCGAAGAUGUUAUACAGCGUCAUGUAGUAAUAUGGACGCUCCCGCCCCCGGUUAG